CUGUUUUCCUGCGGAUUUGGGCUACUUUUAAAUUGUUUCCACGGGUUGAUUUUUUCCUCCCGUGGGUAAAGAUUUGACAUAUUGCAUAACUUAUAUUUGACUGAAAUUCUUGUAUUGAAAUAGUUUAUAUUCUACCAAUGAUAAACUGCUAGAUGUUAAGUUUUGUGAAGUAGGGCCACUGGUGGGGAGCCUUUAAUCUGUGUUUAAUGAUAACUACGAUAUAGUGGUUUUCAUUUUACUGUAAAAUAUGUAUUUUAUGUAUGGUAAUGGCAUAUUUUGAGUUUUGAUAUUUGUGAUAUGGUCAUUGGGCUACUUUUGGGCUACUUUUAAUUGGCCACUGGGCUAAUUUUGUUACGCACUUCCGACGUGGCCUGGCAACCCCGCAGUAGAAGUCGGUUACGUCUUCUCUCACGGAUGUACUUACUGUAAUUGUAGAAGUUAAAUGUAAAACCAUGUCUGGGUCUCAAGGAGUCACUGCUUUGUGCGAAAAUCCUACCGAGGUGUUUUUGGAUGUUUCUAAAUUGCUUAUUACAUACGCGGACAACAUUCUUAGGAACCCAAAUGAGGAUAAAUACAGAUCAAUCCGUAUUGGAAACCCAACAUUCUCCACCAAGCUUCUGCCUGUCAAAGGAGCAGUUGAAUGUCUCUUUGAGAUGGGAUUUGAAGAGGCUGAAACCCACUUGGUGUUUCCGAAGUCAGCAUCUGUGGAGAGGUUGAGGCAGGUGCGGGAGACAAUUGCCGCUGAGAGAGACCAGAGGCUUGGUACGAGCAAAGCAGCAUCCAACCCACAAAGUGCCAGAGUUCCUCCAAAUCCUGCCCCACCACCACCACUACCCUCCUCUUCUUCUGCAGGCCCUGCUUCUGCCACUGCUGUCCCUACACCUGCACCAGCUGCUAUACCUUUCACUUCGAGCAGCGUGACAUUCUUUAGGACUGUACAGUCAAACUUCCAGCAUGUGUUGAUAUACGAGAGCCCUGAACUGCAGCAGAAGGCUCUGAACUGCAUACCUCAUGAACUGCUCAGGUCCAGGGCUAAAGAACGGCUGAAACAAGCCAAGGAUGCAGAUCCAGCAUGUAGUCUAGGUGAGGAGGACAUGUUAGUUCUGGACCUGUUGCAGUGGUUCAAAGGGGACUUCUUUUCCUGGGUGGACAAUCUGCCAUGUAGCCGGUGUGGAGGUACAACCCAGCCUUCUGGAUCCCUCCCUGCCUCAAGUGAUGACCUACGCUGGGAUGCAGGCCGUGUAGAGAACCACUACUGCCACACCUGCCAAAUCUCCACUAGAUUUCCAAGGUACAAUAACCCAGAGAAGCUUUUGGAGACAAGGAGAGGGCGCUGUGGGGAAUGGGCCAACUGUUUCACGCUGCUCUGCCGAGCCUUAGGCCUUGAGGCCAGAUAUAUCUGGGACAGCACAGAUCACGUGUGGACAGAGGUGUAUUCUCAGUCACAGCAUCGCUGGCUACACUGUGACCCUUGCGAGAACACAUGCGAUAAACCCCUCCUGUAUGAAGUCGGCUGGGGGAAGAAACUCUCCUACAUCUUGGCGUUCUCUAAGGACCAGGUUGUGGAUGUGACGUGGAGGUACUCCUGUAAACACCCAGAGGUCCUUUCCAGACGCACACAGGUUCAGGAGACAUGGCUACUUCAUACGAUUAACACACUCAAUUCUACGAGGCAGCAGUCUCUAGGAGAAGAGAGGAAAAAGCAGCUGUUGCAAAGACUGCUGGUGGAGCUGGUAGAGUUUAUUUCUCCCAAGACCUCUGCAUCUGGAGAGUUGGGUGGUCGUGUCUCAGGAUCUCUGGCUUGGAGGGCAGCUCGAGGGGAGACUGGUAUGAGCGACUCUAAAGGGAAUGCACAGGAAUGUGUCUUCAUUCCUUCAGAAUCUGAGAAGCAAAACAAGUUCUUUCACAUUUGCUACAAUAUGACCAAAGACUGUUACUUCAGACUGAGCAAUGGCCAAGAGACUAUCCCAGGAUGGCAGAAAGGUGCUUGGAGGACAGAAAAUGUGUUCCGGAAAGAGGAGCUUGACUGGCAGAUGGUGUAUUUGGCUAGAACAGAGGGCUCUCCCUUUGGGAAAAUAAGCUGGAAAUUUAACUGCUCUCCAGUAGGGAUGAAGAUCAAGUCCGCUUCAGUCCGAGCCUUCAGCCAGACCUUCCAUUCAGGCAGCGUGCGUUGGAGUUUACGUUCCGCCGAGACCACCGUAGAGUUUCCUGGAGAUGGUGAACUGCACUCCUCUUCAAGACUGUCCGGAGGCAAAGAGCUGAUUGUGGAGGCGGAACUCACAGGAGGAGAGGGUGAAGUGUCAUGGCAACACGCUCAGCUCUUCAGACAGAGUUUAAAAGACACAGAGAAAGUUUUAUUUGAAAUGUUGGUUGAAAUGGAAGAGUCUUGAUGAGAGAUAAGCACGUACAAAUUCAUAUCUCUUUCAGGUACGCAUUUGAAGUACUGAAGUAUCAAAAGUUUUUAGGUUCCUUUUAAAUGCAAGGCUCUAGUGUGUUUUCUUUUAAAGCCCUGCUUAAGUCUUAUCUGCAUGUCUUCUUACUGUAUACCAUUUUAUGGAUGUUUUAUUUGUUGUUUACUAUUUGUUUUAUUUGUUGUUUAUUUGUUGGUUCUGCAAAUUGAACUGUUUAAUUGUAAUAUGUCAAAUAAAUGCAAAAUUGAUUAAUCAAACAUAAAAGUUUUGUUAGAUGUGAUUAAUCAAUUUAACAGCACUAGAUUUUAGAUCACCAGAUUUGGAAAUGUAUAGUUUGGCAUUGUUCUUGCAUAAGGUUUAAUUUUUUUUAAUUUUUGAGUUUCAUGCAUCACUGUUGUACAUUUUAAAAGACUACAUCAUCUUUUCCUGUUCAUGAGUGUAAUGAAUAUGACCUUGAAGUCAUACAUUAAAUUAUUUCAUUCUUCA